AUGCCAUCCACACAUUCUUAUGUAGCGGGUCCAGCCUUGCCCCCUCUAUGUGAGAUCAUCGACCUCGAGCCAGAAAAAGAGCCAUGGUGUGCCGGCUACGCCCCCUCUCAGGGCCGUCGCUGCCACACCAGGACAAACGCGCACGGACGCCGUUCAGCAAUGGUGCUUCUUCAUGAGGGCACCAAAGAUCUUCGGGCUGGUCGCUGCAUCGAUGAAUUGCUAAAAGACCUGGCCCCUCAUGUUCUAUGCACACGAUUCCAUCAAAGUCAAGCUUCAGACUUGGUGUGUCGCUGGCAAAGAAAAGUUCGCACAUUACUCGAUACGCAAGCCGCCUCGAUAAUAACAGAGCGUCAGACCAGUCGGUCAUCCAGAGAUCCCUGUCCGGGAAUUUCUCAGGACAAUGUGGAGGAGCGUACCACUCUUCUUUACCGAAGACCCCGUGACACCAUGGAGGAAAUUAGGCUUAUUCAGGCGAGCCUAGACGAGCCAACAAUUGACACUAGCCUCAUGAGCGAUCCCGAUGCUAGGCGCACAAGUGGGGAGAUUGGUUUAAGCAGUAUCCGCAUCUCAGCUACUAGGGAUAGGUAUCCUGGAAUCAUCAGUCAAGACUCCGUAACCAGUCAGUCGACGGAGUCAGUGAAUCAAUCAGCAACCACGCCAACUCGGCUAGCACAGGCCCAUGUUGAUCGUCGGGAACACCUGUCACCCGGUCCAGGUGCAACUCCAACGCUUGUAUCAAGCAUGGCUCGCAUCGCCGACGAAACAAUAAAUCAUUCUGCUCCUAAUGCAGCUCGCCAGGUCCCUGUGCUGGUUAAUCAGUCUGUUGCUGUCAUCCGUCGCGAGGUGGAAGGAGAGUGUGGGAUUUGCUUGUGUGAUCUGAAGACUCCACAACGGGAAGAAGAGGAGAGACAAGGGGAGGUGGAGGGCGACGAUGAUGAUCAACACGAUGGGCUUAUUGAAACAGCAGGUGGAUCGGAAGAGCUGGUUUGGUGCCGGGCACGAUGUGGAAUCAAUUUCCACAAACAAUGCAUCGACCAGUGGCUGGAAACAGCUCAUGCUGCCACAUGCCCAGCAUGCAGGAGCAACUGGAGACAUUGA